AUGCGUUAUGAGAGUAUCACCACCCCUGCGAUAGACUCUCCCAUGCUUGCUCUACUGACUGAUCAUUAUGCUCAUCUGACAGGCGACUCUACCAUGCUGCCCAUUCCAUCUGGACUAACAGGAAGUGUAUAUCGUAUACUGAGCCUCCGGAACCCCGCAUACCCGCGACAUUUUACCAACGCCAUCCAUGUCAUCAUAAAGGAUGUUAGGCAGAGCCACGAAUUUGCGACAGAACUACGAAGUUAUGUGGCCUCUAUUCCAGCCGAAUGGGUUGGAACAUGUGCUACAGUGAGAUGCUGCAUACAUGGAUUGACGGCAGCAACAUUGUCCACAUUUACGAGCCCAGAUAAUCCAUCCACGUGCAUAGCGACUCUCUCCUACGUGAUGCGCUGGCCACAGGGCCAGGCUUUCUGCUCACACCCAUCACCAUCUUCAUCGGACCUCACACUCGAAGACGGCAGUGCCUAUUUCAAGGAACGUUUCCCAGCCAAAGCCAGCUUGGUGGGCUUCGAGCAAACUCUGCUGCUAUCACGGGCAGAUAUCCGACUUGCUCAUAUCCAGCUCCUUUCUACGCCUCCCAUCACUGCCGGCCAGACUAGCCAGCCCACUCUUAUCACAGGGCUAGAAGUACGGCCGGAACACCGAGGGCAUGGGUAUGCUAGAUACCUCUGCGAACACGUCGUCAAGGAGCACGGGGAACAAGGAGACGUUCUGGUCCUCGCUAAUGUGGACAACCUGGAGGCUGUCGCUCUUUAUGUUCGCAUGGGUUUCAGGAUAGAAAGCAUCUACUGCGACGUCGAUCUCAUGAUGUAA